UGUGAGCUGAAAAUAAAGACUAUCAACAACCGCUGGUUCUCAUAAGAGAUCAUCAUCAUCAUUAUAUCGUUUCUCAGGCACAAAACAUAACGGCAAACAAUGGCCACUCUUGCGUCUUCCUCUUCCAUAUCCUCUGUCCUCUUCUCUUCUCCCAAAUUCUCCUCUCCUUCUCUCUUCCCUCUUCAACGCCUCUCACUAUGCCCCUCCUCUCUCUCUUCCUCUUUCUCCAUUUCAUCAUCUUUUACACCCCACCUCACAUCCCCAACCCGGACCACUGUCUCUCCGGUCCGGUUCAGCGUCCGGGCCGCCGCCGAGAAGAAGAAGGUGCUUAUAGUCAACACCAACAGCGGUGGGCACGCCGUGAUCGGCUUCUACUUUGCCAAACAGCUUCUGGGUAACGGCCAUGAAGUCACCAUCUUGACCGUCGGCGAGGAGGCCUCUGACAAGAUGAAGAAGCCUCCUUUUAGCAGAUUCUCAGAAAUUGUGGAGGGUGGUGGGAAGACAGUAUGGGGUAAUCCAGCAGAUGUGGGGAAGGUGUUGGAGGGCCAAGUAUUUGAUGCUGUUUUGGAUAACAAUGGCAAAGACCUGGACACGGUAAAGCCAGUGGCAGACUGGGCAAAGAGUUGUGGAGUGAAACAAUUUUUGUUCAUCAGCAGUGCUGGGAUCUACAAGCCAACUGAGGAGCCUCCCCACAUUGAAGGGGAAACUGUUAAAGCUGAUUCUGGUCAUGCUACAGUAGAGAAGUACAUUUCAGAGGUUUUCAGCAUCUGGGCAUCCUUUCGCCCACAAUACAUGAUCGGCUCUGGCAACAACAAAGAUUGUGAAGAAUGGUUCUUUGACCGUAUUGUAAGAGGCAGACCAGUCCCAAUCCCGGGCUCUGGUAUGCAGCUAACGAAUAUUUCUCACGUUAGAGACCUUUCGUCCAUGCUUACUGUGGCUGUUGAGAACCCAGACGCAGCAAGUGGCCACAUCUUCAACUGUGUGAGCGACCGUGCCAUAACGCUGGAUGGCAUGGCCAAGUUUUGUGCCCAGGCUGCUGGGAAGCCCCUUCAGAUUGUUCAUUAUGACCCCAAAGCUGUGGGAAUUGAUGCCAAGAAAGCCUUCCCUUUCCGCAAUAUGGUAAACACAACCAUCUUUUUCUCAACCUUCAUUGCCUGUUCCAUUAAAAUGUAUGUAUGUGUGUUUUGCUUGCAGCACUUCUAUGCUGAGCCAAGAGCUGCCAAGGAGAUUCUUGGAUGGCAGGGUACAACUAACCUUCCAGAAGACUUAAAGGAACGAUUUGAAGAGUAUGUAAAGAUCGGCAGAGACAAGAAGGAGAUCAAAUUUGAACUAGACGAUAAGAUACUUGAAUCCCUCAAAGUACCAGUGGCUGCUGCUUGAUCCAGAAUAAGCCCACCAUUCUAUGUACUAUGAUUGUAUUCUUUUCCCUCACUACCCAACCAGAACUAGUUGCAAAAUGUGGCCAAAGAGAUUUUGAAGGAGAAGCUGACUUUGUUUACUGAUCA